UCUCUCAGGCUGGGCUCUCAUCUGGAUGCCCCAGGACCUGCUUCGGGCAGGGGGCAGACACCUGGGUAGGCGAGUGAAUCGGCCAAGGCACCCGGAGAAAUGUGGCUGUCCCAGGCAGGGCUAAGUGGCUCCUGUGAAUGGGCCCAGCCUACUGGCCUGGUCCUUGGCUGGGAAGGGUGUGGGUCUUUAGGCCCAAAACAGAGCCCUGUGGCGCUAAAGUGUGCCCGAGUGAGCUGGUGGUGCGAACGCCAGCGUCAGGCAGGGAGGCCCUGGCCAAGGGCAGGGUCUGGAUCAGUCACCCAGGAGAGUGUGGCUGCUCAGGCGAAUGGGAUGCUGUGUGAGGGGCUGUGUUUGGGUGUGAGGAUGUUUGUGCUAGAAUGGGAAGAGGGUGUCUGUGGACGACGAGUGUGCUGGAGUGAAACCUUUGGUUCAGGAAGUCUCUGCCUCAGUGCUGUCUGAGAGGUUGGGUGAGGGCAGAUGGGUGAGGUGAGCCUGAGAGGCCGCCCAGCCCGAGGCCCUCUCUGCACACAGGUAUGGAGCUGCAGAAGCCUGGCUCUCCUUUCCUACAUGGCCAGGAAGUGUCCUGGCUGUCCUGGGACCCACAGAGAGACCUGGACCUCAGUUAUUGGGGAACAGCCGAGGAGACCCAGGCCUCAGGCUCCACCUGAGCCCAGUAGGAGGGAGGGACUCGGGGUGCAGCUGGGGCAAUGCCGAGAGGGCGGUCCCUCCUCCAGACCUACUCAUCACAGAACCCCACACCCAGGGGCAGGCAAACACUGGACUGGCGCAGACCCUCCCAGGUCCACAGCCCGAAGGGAGGAGGCGAGGGACCUGCCCUCCAUGCAGGCUCCCUCCUCCAGCUCAGGAGGGGGCGGGGUCCACGUGUGCCAGGGCAGCCUCAGCGCCCCGCACGAAGCCCCUGGAACAGCUGGAGAGGGCCACGGGGCCUCUGGUGAGCGUGGACCUGAGCGAGUGACUCGUUGUGUGCUGUACCCGCAGGAGAUGCUGCAGGAUAAAGGCCUGUCCGAGAGCGAGGAGGCCUUCCGGGCCCCGGGCCCAGCGCUCGGCGAGGCCAGUGCCGCCAACGUCCCCGAGCCCGCGCUGGCAGCACCGGGUCUCAGCGGAGCCGCGCUAGGCAGCCCCCCAGGCCCCGGGGCCGACGUCGCCGCCGCCACCGCGGAGCAGACCAUCGAGAACAUCAAGGUGGGGCUGCAUGAGAAGGAACUCUGGAAGAAGUUCCACGAGGCGGGCACCGAGAUGAUCAUCACCAAGGCGGGCAGGAGGAUGUUCCCCAGCUACAAGGUGAAAGUCACGGGCAUGAACCCCAAGACCAAGUACAUCCUGCUGAUUGACAUCGUCCCCGCCGAUGACCAUCGCUACAAGUUCUGUGACAACAAAUGGAUGGUGGCAGGGAAGGCUGAGCCGGCCAUGCCAGGAAGGCUGUAUGUCCACCCAGAUUCUCCUGCCACGGGGGCCCACUGGAUGCGGCAGCUGGUCUCCUUCCAGAAGCUGAAGCUGACAAACAACCACCUGGACCCCUUUGGCCAUAUCAUCCUCAAUUCCAUGCACAAGUACCAGCCACGGCUCCACAUCGUUAAGGCUGAUGAGAACAACGCUUUCGGCUCCAAAAACACUGCUUUCUGCACCCACGUGUUCCCAGAGACCUCCUUCAUCUCUGUGACCUCCUACCAGAAUCACAAGAUCACCCAGCUGAAAAUUGAGAACAACCCUUUUGCCAAGGGAUUCCGGGGCAGUGAUGACAGUGACCUGCGUGUGGCCCGGCUGCAGAGCAAAGAAUACCCUGUGAUUUCCAAAAGCAUCAUGAGGCAGAGGCUCAUCUCCCCCCAGCUCUCGGGCACACCAGAUGUGGGCCCCCUGCUCGGCACCCACCAGGCGCUCCAGCACUAUCAGCACGAGAAUGGGGCGCACUCGCAGCUCGCGGAGGCGCAGGACUUGCCCCUCAGCACCUUCCCCGCCCAGAGGGACUCAAGCCUCUUCUAUCACUGCCUGAAAAGACGAGACGGUGGCCGCCACCUGGACCUACCCUGCAAGCGAUCCUAUCUGGAAGCCCCCUCUUCGGUGGGGGAGGAUCACUACUUCCGUUCUCCCCCUCCCUACGACCAGCAGAUGCUGAGCCCCUCCUACUGCAGUGAGGUGACCCCCAGAGAAGCCUGUAUGUACUCAGGUUCAGGGCCUGAGAUUGCUGGGGUGUCUGGAGUGGACGACCUCCCCCCACCUCCGCUGAGCUGUAACAUGUGGACUUCAGUGUCGCCGUACACCAGCUACAGUGUGCAGACAAUGGAGACUGUGCCGUACCAGCCCUUCCCCACGCACUUCACCGCCACCACCAUGAUGCCUCGGCUGCCCACCCUCUCCGCCCAGAGCUCCCAGCCACCAGGAAACACCCACUUCAGCGUCUACAAUCAGCUCUCCCAGUCUCAGGUCCGAGAGCGGGGGCCCAGCGCCUCCUUCCCAAGAGAGCGAGGCCUCCCCCCGGGGUGUGAGAGGAAGCCACCCUCUCCGCAUCUGAAUGCUGCCAAUGAGUUUCUCUACUCUCAAACCUUCUCCUUGUCCCGAGAAUCUUCCUUACAGUACCAUUCAGGAAUGGGGACUGUGGAGAACUGGACUGAUGGAUGAGUCUCAUGCCUGCUUCACAGCCCCGGGACCACGUUGCUCCAGUACUAACCUCUGGGUGGCCUGCACUACCAAGGAACACAGGGAGGUAUUCCAGAGGGAGUGUGUGUGUGUGUGUGUGUGUGUGUGCACGCGACCAUGUAUGUAUGUGGAGAGCAUCUAUCUUCUGACAUACAACUGAGGUCAUGGCAAGGAAAAAAGAAACCACAAUUAUCUAAGAAGUGAUUUUGGCCAUAGGACCUGGGUCCAUUGUAACCUGACAUCUCUUGACAUGCCCAUGGGUGGGAUGGGAGUGGAGGGUUCAUAUGAGUGAUUGAGAGGGUUUCGUAAUUGCUGACUUUCUCAGGGGCCAGGUGGCGAGGACUCUCCCAUGGGGAAAGAUUCUCACUGCUGGGGUGUGAGGGCUCUGUGCACACCAUAGAGGUCCUGGCCUUCUAUUUGCAAGGGGAGCUGAGAAUCUUGUUUUGGUAGUCGGAGGCCCACUCCUUUGGCCUCCGUCAAGUCUGGGAGGCUGCCUGAGAAGGGGCUCAGCUAAGCCACCAAGUGCACUUUGAGAGUGCAGCUAGCUGCUCGGUGAGUGGCCUAGACACUGAUUACUGGAGCUCUGAGGUCUGAGGGGGGACGAUCGGAAAGGGUCAUGUGCUAAAUGUCACCUGAGGGAUAUUUUUAAAGGUUUUUUAAAUUUUUCCUUCAAGAGGAGAUAAAACGCAACCAGUAGCAUCUCUGUCAUCAUUCAGGUUUUGUAAUAAAGCACAGAGCCCAUCCCCCUAGAUCCCAAACAUACAGUCUGUCACUCUGGUGUGCGGAGAGUCAGCCUCCCAGGCACCAUACCAUCUGCAUCCUAUGAUGGGCAAUUAUGAAACACACCCCACCUGGCCUCAUCCCCAGGAGACCACACUGGAGCUGAUGUCUGGCUUCUCCAGGGCCUGUUCUGCUCUCAGAAAAUCUACGCUUCUGGAGCGAGAAAGCCCAACAGAAAUAAAGAUAAUUGAGAUAAAUUCAUUUCUUCCAGUAAAUUCAGCCAGUGAGCUCAGAGGAGCAAAGAGAAUUCUCUAGCGUGGUGCUCACACAGUCCUCAGCCCUGCAUUUUAGCAUCGAACACCACCAGGCCAUCAGUGUGGCUGGGGUGAACGCUCCAAAAAAACUUGGGAAAUCACUAAACUCUUUGCAUGCUGAACAGCUAUUUAUAUAUUAUAUAAAUAAAUAAAUAUAUUUUAUAUAUAUAUCUCACAAAUGCAGGCCACAUGUCAAAUUCAGCUUUGCUUUUUACAAAUGAAUGAACUUAAUAAAAAUGAACAUUGGAAGGGGGUAUUUGGAAAGACAUCUAUUUAAAUUUUUAUUACAUGUUUGAUAUUAAAAACUAAGAAUGGUUUAGAUAAAACGUAUAAAUAAAUAAAUAUAUAUAUAAACACACACACACUACAGAUAAAGCUUUUUUAGAAAACACAUUAGCUAACAGGUGAUAUGAAACUUCAAGUGUUUUGUUAUAUAGCAUGGACGUUUUAUUUUGCAUAUCGGAACAUAAAGCCAUUUUACAACUGUGAA